AAAGAUGACGCGAGCUCUGAUGCUUCUCAUCGUAGUCGCCGCUGCCUCGUCCGCGGCCGUUGAACUAUCCCCUUGCAAACUGGCACUCAAGCCGGCACAUGAAAAUUUCGCCAAUGUCGAAAGUUGUAAGCUGCAGUACAAAACGGAGCUGGACAAGUUUAUUUCAAAUACAAAAUGCACCCACCUUCCGUACGAUGUAGCAACAUGUGAUCCGCUUCUAUACAAUUACUCCAAGUGCGCGUUGAAAUUUAUCGGAGUCCUGAAGCCUGACAACACAGUGGACGAUGUGGCCUUCCAGAAGAUUUUGUUGCAGAACAAAUGCAGCAAAGACACCAACUUCGCAAAGGCUUACCCGACAUGCAAGAGCUCAACCAUGAAGUAUUUGAACGUGGUGCAAUUCAUCGAGUGUCUCGAUAAAGCCGUGCCCUAAGCAGUUCACUCAUUGGAGGAAAACCUGCUGACGCGGAACAAGACUGACUGAACUCGCUUUCACUCUUACGGGAUUUUUGGGAUUUUUUUAGUGCACGGGACUUUCUUAUUUCACUAUUAAAUUUGGUGGUGUUUCUU